AUGAGAUAAUAAAUUAAACAAGAAGAGUCUGCACAACCUAUGAUUAUAUUGUAACCAACUAAAUAUAAAUUUAUGAUUUUUAUGGAUACUUCUCUUUAAAAAGAUGUAGACAAAUUAUACAAUAAACAUAAUAAAUAGAUGUAUUAAAUUAUAUUCUUAUUCCAUAUUAGUAUUGAUAAAGAGAGAGUUGAAAAAAUUUAAUAAGUUAAGGAUAAUGUGAAAGGUUUUAGAGAAAUUAUCAAUGAUUAUUAGACACAAUAAAAUGAAAUAGAUAGUCUCAAGUUGUAAUUACAGAAUUAGAUCAAAGCUAUUUUAUCAAAAGAAUAAAUUAUAAAAAAUAUUGAAGACACUUACAUGCAAUAAAUGGAAGAAGUAAAUUGAUCUCCAUUUAUUCAUAGAUCAAAAAUAAUUAUGAGUAACGUCAAUUUGAUUUAGUUAAAGAAUGUGAAUAAUUAAAAUUCAGAAAUAAAGAAUUAGAAGAAAUCAAUAUUAAAUAUCUAUCAUAAAAUGAUUUAUUAUUGAAAACCAAUAAUCAACUUUAAUAAAGAGUAAAUGAAUUAUAAAUGAAACUAACUUUAGCUGAAAAGAAUAAUCUUGUUACAUCUUUAGAAUUAGAAUAAAUGAAAGAAAUAAGAGCAGGAGCAUUAUUUAUUAAAGGAGCAUAUAAUAUAUUAAAAUAACAAUAUUAAGAUAAUAAUAUUUAUACUCUUUUGACUAAAAAAUACAAAUCUACUAUCUUAUAAUUUUUAGAACCAAAAGAUAUAUUUACUUUAAUGUUGACAAGCAAACAAAUGUAUUUCAUCAUUUAAAAUAAUCGAUCCUUAUUAAAUUAUAUUGUUAAUUAUAAAACCUUGGUUUUAAGAAAUGAAAUAAAAUAUUUAAGAGUAGAAUCAAAGUAAUUGAACCAUUUAAUUUAGUUAUUUUUAUGAUAUGUUAUAGUAAAUCCCUGAAGAAAUUGUUUAAAUUGGAAUUGCAAAAUUUUUAGUUUUCAAAUUCAAUGUUGGAUAAUACAUGAAUGAAAUAUUUAAUGAUGCAUAUGAAUUAAUUGAAGGUAAAUUCCAAAAUCAAUAAUAAAUUUAAUAGAAAUAAUAAUUAUCAUCAAAUGAUUCUCUUUAUCAGAAUGAAGAUUUACUUGGUUUAGGAGAAACAGAAGAACUAUAAACAUAGUCAAAAUAAUAAACUUCAACUUAAUCAUAAACUAACUUAUUUACUAAAAUUCAAUCAUAAACAACUAAUCAUGUAUAAUCCACAAAUAAAAAUACAAAUAAUAAUCUAAAAUAGUCUUAAUCAAACUAAUAAGCUAAAUCCUUAAGUGAUUUGUCUCUUUAACUUUAAUAAGAAUAUAAGGAUAUAGAUUAAUUAAUUCUAGAAUCAAUAUAGGUUCCUUUUCUUAAAGCUUAGAUUAUAAAAACAAGAAGAGAAAUGGUUGAUUUAGUUAAAAAGAGUUAAUCAAUUAAUCAAUAAUUAUUCUAAACUGGUAGAAAGUGCAUUCCAACACCUACAUAUCAACCUAAAUUUACAAUUUAGGAUUUUAUGCAAGCCUUACAAAUGACUUUCUCUAAAUUUGUAGUUCAUGGAAAUUAUUUGCAUUUAGAAUCCUAAUAAUUAUAAUAAGUAUGUAAUUACUUCUCAAGACUUCUCUUAGAAUAAAAUAAAUAGAUUUAUUAAUUAAAAUCAAUAAUAGAUGAUUAGAAAGUUGAAUUAGAUUCUUAAAAAGAAAUGAAAUAUUAUAUUCAAGAUAGAGCAAAAAGAUUUGAAGAAAGAAUAAUUAAAGCUGAGGAAUAAAUUUUUACUCUAAAUAAAUUAAAUUUUGAAUAAAAAUAACAAAUAUUAUAAUUGUAAAAAAAAGAAAUAGAGUUGGAAAACUUAAAUAAAGAAAAAGAUUAAAAAACUUAAACUUUAUUUUAAGCAGUCAAGUAAAUAAAAAUAGAAAAAGAUUAAGUUGAAAUCAAAUUAAAUUAAGUAUUAACAAAUUUCAAAAACAUGAAAAAUGCCCUUAAUAAAAUAGUAUGA